AUGUCCUUCAGCAUCACCCUCCGCCAAGCGCCCACGCGCCUGGCGCAACGCAUCCCCCAGCUCACCCGAAGCUUCCACAACGGCGCCCGCACAACACCAAAGACGACGACCACGACGGCCUUCUUCACCGCGCGCAACAAUGCCUUCCGCAACGCCUCCUCCAAGAGGUUCUACAUGCAGCAGGCCACGCCCUACCAGGGCCAGCAGGGCCAGGGCUCGACGCUGCGCCGCCUCGCCGUCGGCGGCGCCAUCUUCGGCGGCACCCUCGUCGCCAUCAACGUCGUCUUCAACCGCGAAACCAGGACCGACGGCGGCAUGCCCGCCUACGAGCGCGAGUACCUCAACGACACCUUCCUCCACACCGGUCUGGGUGUGGGCAUCAUCGCCCUGACGGCCAGGCAGAUGGUCCAGAGCGGGUUCGUGUACCGCCUCAUGGUCACCAACCCGUGGGUCGUCGGUAUCGGUGGUCUGGCGCUGAGCUUCGGCACCAUGUACGGCACCCGCGCCAUUUCUCCUGACAACUACAUCCCCAAGUACGCCCUCUGGACGGCCUUCAACGCGACCCAGGCCGCCAUGAUCGCGCCCCUGCUCACGAUGGUCCCCGGCGCCCUCCUCGCCCGCGCCGGCCUCUACACCGUCGCCAUGAUGGGCUCCCUCUCCAUCGUCGGCGCCACCGCCAAGCAGGACAAGUACCUCUACAUCGGCGGCCCGCUCCUCGCCGGCCUCGGCGUCGUCAUCGCCUCCAGCUUCGCGCCCAUGCUCCUCCCCGUCACCGCCGUCCGCACCCUCGCCCUGACGGAGAGCAUCUCGCUCUACGGCGGCCUCGCCGUCUUCGGCGGCUUCACGCUCUACGACGUCCAGAAGAUCCUGCACCACGCCCGCCUCGCCGAGCGCGGCGUCAUCCGCAAGGACGCCGUCAACGAGAGCAUCGCGCUCGAGCUGGACUUCAUCAACAUCUUUGUGCGGAUGGUGCAGAUCCUGAUGAUGCAGAACAACCGUCGUAAGUAG